CUAGCACAACAUUUUGAUACAAAUACUGUUUCCUACCUUUAGUAUUUCUUCUAGAGAGUAUCAGCUUGAAUGAGUACUGUUCUCAGGGGCCGGUGGAACCAGUCCUGGGAAGAUGUGCUUGUAGCUGAGCACCUAAAUAAGGAAGGCAAAAUAGGCAAAGGCAUUGGAUGACCAAAGGCAGCUGUUGAGUUGUCAUUCGAUAGGACCUGGAUUGUGGUUGAACGCUGAUCUUCAUAAGGCAGAUUUUACUUUCCUUUUAAUUGAUAUGUGAAGUGUUCUCACAGCGUUUGAGCAGUAAGAGCUGGAAGCAACAGCACUGGGUGAUUCAAGACACCUAAAGAGGGAGAGGAUGAGAUACUGCUGAGCACAUCUGUUUCAGGCUGUCUGUUAGGCUGCUGCAGCAAUGUACAUGGGAUGGCAUGCAGAGCUGCUGCUGCCAGACUGCUUGUCCUGACAGAUUUGAAAUGGGGUCUGUGUGCUGCAGGCGCUGCUGUGCUGAAUUAAUUUCCCUUUGUUUCACUAAGCCUUUGGGCUAGUGCAGUGAAUAGCUGCAGAGGUGUUUUUUCAUAUCGUGCUGGCGGGUGUAUGUAAGCCAGCAAUCUCUGACCCCUCUGCUCAGUGGGCCUCAGUGGGCUGAAAGGAAAACUCUUCUGCUCAAGGCUCAGGUAGUGGUGUAGGAGCUCUGAGUUGAAUUUGUGACAUUAGCAGAUAUGGUCAGAAAUUUGGGCAAGUUCCUUACUAUUUGACCCUUUGGUGGGGUGUGGCUAGAUGUUCUCUGAAUAUUGGGUUUCCUCCUCACAGGCAGAGGUGGGCCUUUUGGAGCUGACAGAAUGCCUUCUUGCUUAACAUGCUUAAAAGGGAGAGAGCAGCCAAAUUGCACCCCAUCCUCCAGGACUUGGUGGGGGGCUGCAUGUUUUUGAGUGUGUUUGGCAGAGUUUUGGUGUUCUGAUUCAGCAAAUGGUAACAAAGGGAGGAUGGCAAAGCCUUCCUUUAUUCCAUAAUCCUGCUUGCCUUUCUGGAAAUCGGCUAUAGCCUCAGAAUUACUGACUCAAUUUUUGGAUCCUAUUCUCAUGACAAAGCAGCUGUCUCGUUUAAAACAAACCCGUUAUAAAAAGGGUGCCUCGGAUCCUGGCUGUUUGUAACAGCUUCUGACAUUCCUCUAGCACUAGGGAGCUUGCCUGGAACAGAAAAUGUCCGGAGCUGAAACCAAGGUAAGUUUAUUUGCAGCCUAUUUGUUAUCAUGGCUAAAAGCCCUUGCUAGUCUUUUCCCAGAUCUUAGCUGUCUCCUCUAGGUGUGGCUCUGUGAGAGGAUGGAGUUGAACAUGGUGACUGGUGAGAGCAUACUUAAAGGUGCACCAAGGCCUAAUGCCUUGCACAUUAGUGGUGGAGGCUGCUGUGCCAGCAGCAAACCUGACGAGCUGCGUUUGCAGAGCAGAGUCUUGUGGAAGGCUUCCUUGGGAUGACCUGAGUCCGUGUUGGGUACCCUCCACUUUCCCCUUCCAUGGUGGAGCAAAAGGUGUGCUGUGACAGAAAGAUGCCUGUAUGAUGACCACAGCACUGAAACCAGUAACAUUCUCAGAGAGAUGCAACUGGCCUUGUUUUGGUAGAAUCAGAGGUGAGUUUAAAGUGGAGAAGGAGAUGCAUCAGAAAGUUCAGCUUCAAGGGUGUGCAUCAGAUUGCAAUCCAGCUCUAUUGCUGUGUUCUUCAGCAUUGAUGUUAGCAGAGCUAAGCUGUUUGGUCACGCAGACCUUGUUGCAAGGUUGGGACUAGGCAGGAAUAAACAGCUGGGAAAGGAGGGCAAGAACUUUAGCUAGUGGCCAGUUCCUCCUGUCAAAUAUUAAACAUCAGUUAAGAGGCUGUGGUCAGAUGUACAUCUUUCCAUUGUAUGAGUUGCUGUCGCAUGACAUUCCUUCGGUAAAUUCCUCCACGGUGCUGGGACUGUAAGACCCAAGGUAGCAGAAGGCUCAGAAGCGGAGUGGUGUGUAGGCAUUGUCUGAUGUCUACGGAAGAUCUGGGAUCAGUCUCUGCUUCCCUGUGCCUUUCAUCUAUGAUCUUGGCUCAAAGUGAUUUGGCCAUUUAUGAGCAGUCUUUAGAAACUGAGGAUGGAUGUGCUGCUUGCUUCUAAUCUGCUGGUUGUCAGAUUGCAGUGGUACAGUCUUUAUGUACCUGUGCAUAAAGAAGGUAUUGGGGAACUGCAACUGAUUCAUGCUGGAGUCUCCUGUCUGCUUGAAGAGACCCAAACACAUCCUGCCUUUACCCCUGCUAAAAGCCAUGUCCCUGUUGAGUGUGCUACGGGGAAUUAAUUAUGUGGUGCAACAAAAUGUCCAAGGAGACUUAAGUUGGUGAAAGAGUGUGAACCUCCUCUUUUCUCUAUGCCAUGCUCUUAUCUAGCACGUCCCAGGAAGAAGAGGGCAAAGGGAAUAAUUACACACUCUUUCUCACAACCUGAGCAAGCAGUGUGCCCUAGAAAGGGAGUUGCUGCCUCCAUGCUGCUUACUUAGAGGGCACUGGUAGUUAUUGUUUAUGAGCUUGCUUCUAACAGAGCUACUGUUGGGAAGAAAUAUGGUAACUGCUAUGAGGAGGCCAAAGGAGUAAGAGUUUUACAGUCCUGUAAGGAAGAUGUGUUAUGGCAAAUCUGUUAUCUGCCAGGUAAGCCCCAAAAAGCAAGUUUGGGCAGAGUGGUUAACAGGUUAGCACUGUAAGGAGAGAAACUUGAUGGCUUUCCUGUAGGAAGGUGAUUUGUGUUGGAGGACGAUGUGACUGAAAUGAACUGAUGAAUCUGGAAUUGAAAUCUGUAAUUCACCUGUCAUUAUGCUGCGGGUGAGAAAUGUCAGUCGGGUCUGCUUGAGACUGAGCUGCUGGGGGAAAACUGAGGAGUGCCAGGUGUGAGGGUCUUGAAUGAACUGAGGUGUGUGUGCAAAGGGCUGUGGUGGAGAACUGGGUGGGCAGGAGCCCUGUCCUUAAGUCUUCCUAUAAAUGAGCUAGGAAUAAAACAAACAACACUUGUUUGGUCACUGUGCUGUGGGAAUGGCCAUACUCUUAAUGUUCUCUUGGAUUUUUUUCACUUUGUGGCUUUAUAAGUACAGGGAAACAAUGAAGUUCAGUACUGUGUCAGGCUAGGUGGAGAAGAAACAUCAAAUGAGCUUUUCUGUUACAAAACUAAAGGCCAACUUAACCAACUUCAUGCACAGCUGCUGUGAUAGGAGCUGAUUCUGCUGGAUGUCAGCCACAAAAUCAAGGCAGCUUAUGCAGAACCAGGACCAGAGGUGAUGGAGACCCAUUCCUUUCCCACUGCCAACUACUGGAGGAGGCAUCCCUCUGCCCAGGCAGAGUACUGCCUGCAUGGAGACCAGACCUGUGGUCUUACAGAUGUUGGGCAGAGUUCAUCAUUAACCCUGCUGGAGCCUCACCGCAUGAACAGCGGUGGGACUGCAGAGCUUGGGGAGUGAGGCUGAACAGGGGAAGAUGCUGUAGCUUCCUCGACCACUGGCUUCAAGAAGAGGAUUACUGACGAUGAGUGGCUGCCAAGCUUCCAUGAGCAGGGCUUUCAGUGUUGCUUCUGGGCUCAUGCUGGUAGAUCUUUCAGGGGACACCUCUAGGGACAAAGAUCCAGAAGCAGGAUCUGUAAAGCAACAGCAGGGCUGUGGCUGGCAAGGGCCGAGCAACAUAGUUAGUGUGGGCACAGAGGGGUUGGACAUUUUAGUGCACACCUUUUACAACUUUUAUUCAUUUCAUGGAAAGACAGUGGUCUCCCAACUCUCUAUCACACUGAAGAUGGGAAGAGCUUACUCAGGAGGGAGAGACAUGGGGACAGGUUAUCCAGUCCAUCUGCUAGUUGGCUCCCUUGGCCAUAAUUUAGUAACUACUGAUCUAGACAAAGUGGGAUAGAAAUGUAUUAAUAGUGUUUUGCUGCUGUCUGGGGCUUCACCAAGGGAGUUUUGGGUUGGACUGGAACAGAAUUAGAUGCUGGGAAGGGUAAGACAUUGGUGGCAGACUGAAGUCAUUGGGAACACACUGGUGAAUCUGCUGCCAGGGUUAGAUGGGAUGGAGUUCAUCCUGCUCAAUGCUUGGGCUCCAUGACCUUUUAGCAUCUUGAGGGCUUUGUUUUCAGACAUUUCAUGUCAUGAUGUGGCUAGAAUAUGGCUGCAAGCAUGUGCUGGGGGACAAGGAACCUCCCUGCCUUCCUUCCUCUGCUUGUGUUUCAGGUCACCUUCUAUGAAGACAAGAAUUUCCUAGGCCGUAGCUAUGAGUGUGACGGUGACUGCCCUGAUUUUCACACCUACCUGAGCCGCUGCAACUCCAUCCGUGUGGAUGGAGGUGCCUGGGUGGCCUAUGAGAGGCCCAACUUUUCUGGGAACAUGUAUGUUCUGACACAAGGGGAGUAUCCUCAUUACCAGCACUGGAUGGGCCUGAACGACCGCCUUGGCUCCUGCAAAGCCAUUCAGAUACCAAGUGGAGGCCGGGGCCACAUCCAGGUAUUUGAGAAGGGAGAUUUUGGUGGGCAGAUGUUUGAAACCACCGAAGACUGCCCUUCAGUCUUGGAGGAGUGGCACAUGCGUGAGGUCCAUGCCUGCAGAGUGCUGGAGGGCGUCUGGGUUUUCUAUGAGCACCCCAACUACCGGGGCAGGCAGUACCUGCUGCCCAAGGGGGAGUACCGCAAGCCUGUGGAGUGGGGAGCGGCCGGCCCCACUGUCCAGUCCUUCCGCAGCAUCGCCCAGUGAGGAGCCCAUUCACUCAAUAAACCAACUAAGUUGCUCAGCUCA